CGGGCAGGCGAGAGGUGUGGGGCGCUCGCUGAGGAGUCGGCGGCGAGGUCCUCGGGGCUUGGCGGCGGCGACAGCGGAGGAGGGCGGGGAGGCGAAGGACGAGCGAGCCGCAGCAGGGAUGAGGGGAGACUCAUACUUCUUUGGAAUGCGAGGCCUCGGUCACUAUGGCUGCAUCCCGGAGGACGGAGGACCAUUCUUACUCUACUCUAUAAAUGGAGACAACAAUUUAAAGAGAUGUUUUGCAGAGGAAGAUUUUCAUGAAAUAAUUGACUUCAACGAUCUCCCGAAUUCUCUCUUUGCUUGUAAUGUUCACCAGUCUGUGUUUGAAGAUGAGGACAGUAAGGAAAAAUUUGAAGGCUUGUUCCGUGCCUAUGACGACUGCGUGACAUUCCAGCUGUUUAAAAGCUUCAGGCGUGUGCGGAUAAAUUUUAGUAGUCCCAAAUCAGCUGCUCGUGCCAGAAUAGAGCUGCAUGAAACACAGUUCAGAGGGAAGAAGUUAAAGUUGUAUUUUGCACAGAUUCAGACUUCUGAGACAGAUGGCGACAAGCUUCAUUUGGCACCACCACAGCCUGCAAAACAGUUUCUCAUCUCGCCUCCAGCCUCCCCACCUGUAGGGUGGCAACCGAUAGAUGAUGCAACACCUGUCAUCAACUACGACCUCCUUUACGCAGUUUCUAAGCUAGGACCAGGAGAGAAAUACGAGCUGCACGCAGGAACAGAGUCCACUCCCAGCGUGGUAGUGCAUGUCUGUGACAGCGACAUGGAAGAAGACGAGGACCCAAAGAAUUCUCCAAAGCCAAAAAUCAUUCAAACUCGACGCCCUGGUCUGCCACCUCCUGUAUCUAACUGAGCCUCUCCGGCAGAAGCAGCACUUCUCUCCUCCAGCACAGCUCUUGGUUUUUGUUUGCUUUGUUUUGUUGAAAGGCAGCCAUUGCCUUUUGAGUACCAGGACAUUAAACUCAUUGAAAUCCCUUCACAGUAAUCAAGCCUAUGUAAUAAAAGGGCUAGGAAAAAGAUCUUUGUAUAUGUAACCAUAUCGCACACCAACUAAUAAGAUUUUUCUGGAAAGGACAAAACAAGGCUGAAGAAACAAGGGAGGGUUUCAGUCUGAGGAUUUUUUCACAGCUGUAACUUGCGUGCUGAAACACCACUACCAGAGAGUUUGUUCAGGGUGGGCAAUUAGGCCGGUAUCAGGCUUGAUAUUCAAACUCCCAGUAUACUUGCUACUGCCCUUCAUCAAGCAGCCUGCUCCUCUGACCUCCUCAGUUGCCCAGCAGACCUUAGUC